AAGCCAUUUUGCAAACGGCCCAUAACAAAAAGAAUCAUGAGCAGCUACCCGACGGAUCCUUCGCCCAUGCUGCCGCAGUCUGCGCUAACGCAGGCCGCCGCCGCUGCUGCCGCUGCAAUGCCCUUUGGCUUGGGUGGCGGUGAUGCUCCCGACGCCAACGGUUUCCCUGUGCAGCAGCUUCCUCUGUCUCCGAAUCUCAUGCGCAAUUUGGGUGACCGCUCGUACGACAAACGUAAAGGUGCGGCCAUGGAGCUCGAGAACCUCAUCAAACAGCUGCAAGAGAACGCCGCAUCUAUCGAGUUCCAUCAGCAACACCAGUUACAACUCAAUCAGGACUCACCCAGCUCCCGAUUCAACGCCUCCACCUCCGGUACGGAGAGCGAGAGCGUCGACGGGGUCUCUAACCCGCAAUACGCAGUAAGCAACCCCAGUCGUCAGCGUAUACCGGCCAUUAUCGAGCUAUUAGGCAACGACUUUGCAUGUUCCUCCAAUGCCAACCACCGUAAAGGCGGCCUUAUUGGACUGGCAGCCACUGCCAUUGGGCUUAUGCACGACGCCCAUCUGUAUCUGGACAAACUACUACCCCCAGUGCUGCACUGUUUUGACGACCCGGAGAGUCGUGUACGCUACUAUGCAUGCGAGAGUCUGUACAACAUCGCCAAAGUGGCGAGAGGCCAUAUCUUGCAGUACUUUAACCAGAUCUUUGACGGUCUCUGCAAAUUGUUCGCAGAUGUGGACGUGGAUGUGAAGAACGGAGCGAAUUUACUGGAUCGACUGGUGAAAGACAUUGUGACGGAGAGCGAAUACUUCGACGUGGACAUGUUCAUCCCACUGCUUCACAAAUACAUCAGGAUGACCAACCCAUACAUCCGACAGCUUUUGGUGGGCUGGAUCACGGUAUUGGAUUCAGUCCCGGACAUUGAUAUGCUCGACUGGUUGCCAGAAUUUCUGGACGGACUGUUCAAUAUGUUGAGUGACGGGAACAGGGAGAUUCGACAGGCUGCGGAUAGUGCACUAGCGGAGUUUUUGAGGGAGAUCAAGCAGACAGAAGACGUCGAGUUUGGACGCAUGGUGGACAUCCUGGUGGGCCAAUGUAACAGCAAGGAGAGAUUCAACCGCCUCACAGCUGUGAGCUGGGUGCAGGAGUUCGUGAACUUGGGACGUGAGAAGCUCGUGGAGUUCUAUGCUGACUUACUAGCUGCUAUCAUGCACUGUAUCUCCGAUGCUGAGCAUGAAAUUCGGCAAGUGGCUGAACGGGCGAACGAUGACUUGUUGCAGUUAGUAAAAUCCACGACAGAAGACGUGGAACUGCUGCCGUUGAUGCAGAAACUCACCACUGAACUCAGUAGCGACCACGUACCUACCCGUAUGGCUGCCUUGCGUUGGAUCUCGAUGCUGCUUGAAAAAUAUCCGAACCAGCUGUCAGCUCACAUCGGUCAGUUGUUACCAGCUUUGCUGCGUACUCUGUCAGAUAUCUCAGACAGCGUGGUGCUGCUGGAUUUGGAGGUUCUGGCUCGCAUUUCGCUCAACAAAGUCGAGUUCGAAAAGGUGCUGAAUGCUAUCCUAUUGCUGUUCGCACAAGACCGGCGCUUACUCGAGAUGCGCGGCAGUAUGAUCGUACGGAAGCUCUGUGUGCUCUUAGAUUCCAAGAGCAUUUACCUCAUCUUCGCCAAGGUGCUGGGCACAGAAGCGGUUUAUCUGGAUAGCCAAGCAGACAGUGAGUUUGCAGCUGUGAUGGUCCAGACACUGAACCUCAUUCUACUGACAGCUAAUGAGUUGGAACAUCUCCGUGACAUUUUGCGCCGCAGCUUCCAGUCACGUGCUUCGGAAGACGAUGUCGAGGUGUUCACUGCACUCUUCCGUUCCUGGUGCCACAAUCCCAUCGCGGCCUUCAGUCUCUGCUUGCUGGCCCAGUCGUACUCGCUGUCUGCGGCGCUCAUCAGCAAAUUUGCAGAUAUCGACGCCUCCGUCGGGUUUUUGAUGCAGAUCGACAAGCUCGUGCAGCUUUUGGAAUCGCCAAUCUUCAUUCACAUGCGUCUGCAGCUUCUUGAGAUCCAGGAAGACUAUCACACUGAUCUGGUUAAAAGUUUGUAUGGACUUUUGAUGCUGCUGCCUCAAAGUGCUGCGUUUCGUGUGCUACGGGAUCGUCUAGCAAGCGUAACAAGUAUGGCCACGGCAAUUGGUCGAAUGGACCUGAAUGGAGACUCGAGUCGACUUCGCCAGAGCGGGGAGACUCCGAACAGCACAAGAAGUGACGACGCAUCGGUAUCGGAUAGUCCACGUAUUGAUGCAGAUGCACUACUCGCUCAUUUCGAAAAUGUUCAGGCGAAACACACGGAGCUUCGGAGAAAAGGAAUGUAUGAAAAAUCGCUCGCCAAGGAACAGACCACUGCCAACGUCUAAAGACAAAGAAGAUUAUAAGUAUGGGGCCUAAACGAAAAGAGCAUUGCUAAGUAUAAACAUGUAGACGUUCCCUUUCUUUAUUGUUGAUGCAAGAAAAGAUACAUAUUGCGAGUUCUCACAAACUUUACCUUAUGUCUCCGUUUUGACAUAUUUGUCUGUCUUUUUGCCCCGCCAC